AUGGUUCCUGCACCGUCAUCCGUGGUUCCUGCACCGCCAUCCGUGGUUCCUGACCAGGUGGCUCCUGCACCGGCCCCCGUGAUUCCAGUUCCUGCUCGGCCCUCCGUGGUUCCUGACCCGGCGGUUCCUGCUCCGGCGCCCGAGAAUCACACACCCGAGGUUCUUACACCGGCGCCCAAGGUCCCUGUGCCCGAGGUUCCUGCUCUGGCGCCCGAGAUUCCAGUCCCCGUGGUGCCCACUCCAGAGGCUCCUCUUGUGGAACCUGAGGUUCCAGCCCCCGUGGUGCCUGCGCCCGAGGUUCCUGCUCAGGUUCCUGCUCCGGUGCCAGAGGUUACUGUGCCUGAAGUUCCUGCUCUGGCAAUGGUGGUGCCCGUGCCCAAGGUUCUUGCUCUGGCGCCAAAGGUUCCUGCGCCCGAGGUUCCUGUGCCCAAGGUUACUGCUCCGGCAUCCGAGGUUCCUGCUAUGGCACCCGUGGUGCCCACGCCCGAGGUUCCUGCACCAGUGCCAGAGGUUCCUGCGCCCGAGAUUUCAGCUCUGGCACCCGUAGUGCCCGUGCCCAAGGUUUCUGCUCCGGCGCCGAAGGUUCCUGCGGCUGAGGUUCUUGCUCUGGCGCCCGAGGUUACAGUCCCUGUGGUGCCCGCACCCAAGGUUCCUGCUCCAGCGCCCGAGGUUCCUGCUCCGGCACCAGAGGUUCCCGCGCCCAAAGUUCCUGCUCUGGCACCCGAGGUGCCCGCACCCAGGGUUCCAGUACCCUGGGUGCCAACGGUCGAGGUUCCCGCUCUUGUGCCGAAGGUUCCCAUGCCCAAGGUUCCCGCUCCGACACCAAAAGUUACCGCGCCCGAGGUUCCUGCUCCGGCACCAAGGGUUCCUGCUCCAGCACCAAGGGUUCCUGCUCCGGCACAAAAGGUUCCUGCGCCGGCACCAAGGGUUCCUGGGUCCAAGGUUCCUGCUCCGGCGCCCAAAGUUCCAGUCCCCGUGGUGCCCGCACCCAAGGUUCCUGCUCCGGCGCCCAAGGUUCCCACACCCAAGGUUCCUGCUCCGGCGCCCGAGGUUCCAGUUGCCGUGGUACCCGCACCCAAGGUUCCAGUCCCCUCAGUGCCCACACUCGAGGUUCCCGCUCUUGCACCGAAGGUUCUCGUGCCCAAGGUUCCUGCUCUGGCACCAAAGGUUCCUGUGCCCGAGGUUCCUGCUCCGGCACCAAAGGUUCCUGUGCCAGAGGUUCCUGCUCCGGCACCAAAGGUUCCCGCGCCCAAGGUUCCUGCUCCGGCACCAAAAGUUCCCGCGCCCAAGGUUCCCGCUCCAGCACCAAAGGUUCCUGCGCCCAAGGUUCCUGGUCCGGCACCCAAGGUUCCCGCGCCCGAGGUUCCCGCUACGACACCAAAAGUUCCCACGCCCGAGGUUCCCGUGCCCAAGGUUCCCGCUCUGGCACCAAAGGUUCCUGCGCCCAAAGUUCCUGCUCCGGCACCAAAGGUUCCCGCGCCCAAGGUUCUUGCUCUGGCGCCCAAGGUUUCAGUCCCUGUGGUGCCCGCACCCAAGGUUCCUGCUCCAGAGGUUCCUGCUCCGGUGGAACUUUUUACUUUUGUUAAAGAUCAUGCACUGAAUUUUGGUGUUGUCUUUGACUGA